AGCAUUAGUACUUCCGGCUUGGCUCCGGCCGCCCCUCAACUAGUCUUUCCCCUCCCCUCCGCCUCCUCGUCUCCCUCCCGCUCCUGGGAAAGCAAAGCUGUGGCUUAAGGGGUGGUUGAGAGAAGCAGUCGGCGCCUCGGGGAGGGGACCGCGCCCGCCCCCUUGGAACGUUGGAGCACCGCUGAUAUAGGGAUACAAAAAUGAAGAUAUGGUGUGUACUUUUAUUAAUCAAGUUGAAGAAACAAGACUUCAAAGGUAGAGUAACAGAGGACAGGUGUGAGGCCAGUACACCUUUGACUCCAUGGGGCUUAAUUGGUUACAAAAUGUCCUCCUAUGCAUGAGAUCUACAGACUAUAUGUUCUUCAAGAACUGAUCACUGGUUUUUACCUUCUGGAAGAAUGUUAGAAGCAUAAAUAUGGUGCCAAAACUCCUCAUUCUCUGACUGUGGUGAUUUGGACAUACUUCUGUGUUGAAGAGAAGUAUACACGCUGAGGUCACUCGUUGUUCAGAGACUGUCGUGUAGGAACAUGGACCAUUCUAAUAGGGAAAAGGAUGAUAGACAACGGACAACUAAAACCAUGGCACAAAGGAAUACACACUGUUCCCGACCAUCUGGCACUUCAACAUCCUCUGGGGUUCUCAUGGUGGGACCCAACUUCAGGGUUGGCAAGAAGAUAGGGUGUGGGAACUUCGGAGAGCUCAGAUUAGGUAAAAAUCUCUACACCAAUGAAUAUGUAGCCAUUAAACUGGAACCAAUAAAAUCACGUGCUCCACAACUUCAUUUAGAGUACAGGUUUUAUAAACAGCUUGGCAGUGCAGGUGAAGGCCUCCCACAGGUGUAUUACUUUGGACCAUGUGGGAAGUACAAUGCCAUGGUGCUGGAACUCCUUGGCCCAAGCUUGGAAGACUUGUUUGACCUCUGUGACCGAACGUUUACUUUGAAGACGGUGUUAAUGAUAGCCAUCCAGUUGCUUUCUCGAAUGGAGUAUGUACACUCAAAGAAUCUCAUUUACCGAGAUGUCAAACCAGAGAACUUCUUGAUUGGCCGACAAGGCAAUAAGAAAGAGCAUGUAAUACACAUUAUAGAUUUUGGACUGGCCAAGGAAUAUAUUGAUCCUGAAACCAAAAAACACAUACCUUACAGAGAGCACAAAAGCUUAACUGGAACUGCGCGAUACAUGUCUAUCAACACACAUCUAGGCAAAGAGCAAAGCCGGAGAGAUGAUUUGGAAGCCCUAGGCCAUAUGUUCAUGUACUUCCUUCGAGGCAGCCUACCCUGGCAAGGACUCAAGGCUGAUACAUUAAAAGAGAGAUAUCAAAAAAUUGGUGAUACCAAAAGGAAUACUCCCAUUGAAGCUCUCUGUGAGAACUUUCCAGAGGAGAUGGCAACCUACCUUCGAUAUGUCAGGCGAUUAGACUUCUUUGAAAAACCUGAUUAUGAGUAUUUACGGAACCUCUUCACAGAUCUGUUUGAACGGAAAGGCUAUACCUUUGACUAUGCCUAUGAUUGGGUUGGAAGGCCUAUUCCUACUCCAGUAGGAUCAGUUCAUGUAGAUUCUGGUGCAUCUGCAAUAACUCGAGAAAGCCACACACACAGGGAUCGGCCAUCACAACAACAGACUCUUAGAAAUCAGACUACAUCAUCAGAGCGCCGAGGAGAGUGGGAAAUCCAGCCCAGCCGGCAGACCAAUACCUCAUAUCUGACGUCUCACUUGGCUGCAGACCGCCAUGGGGGUUCAGUACAGGCCUCACCUUGUUUCAGGGGCAGCAUCAGCCAGGACCUGAGACACUCUUGGAUAAUUGAAGACAUGACAUUCUGUGACAAACAGGUGGUUAGCUCAACCAAUGGAGAGCUGAAUGUUGAUGACCCCACUGGAGCUCACUCCAAUGCACCAAUCACAGCUCAUGCCGAAGUGGAGGUAGUGGAGGAAGCUAAGUGCUGCUGUUUCUUUAAAAGGAAAAGGAAGAAGACUGCUCAGCGACACAAGUGACCAGUGCCUCUCAGGAGUCCUCAAAUCCUGGGGACUUUGGCUCCAAUUGCACCUGCAGCUCCUGCCAUUUCUCAUUGGAAGGGACUCCUCUGAGGGGGAGGGUAGAGAUCCAAACCAAAAAGAAGACAACAGAUGCCCCCAGAAGGAGCCAGUGCAGGCAGCCAGGGCUGAGUGGGCCAGUGGCAGUCCCCUCUGUCUGAGCUCUGAGCGGGUCCAGAGCUGCUGCUUCUCCACUGCUUGCCCUUGGGCUAUCUGGUUGACUCUCUUCCCAUUGUUUACAGUGAAGGUGUCAUUCACAAAAACUCAAGGACUACUAUUCUCUCCCUCCCUCCUUCUUUACUCCUGGCUCUUGCACCAUCUCAACCCACCCAGCAUAAAAAAACUACUAAGGUAAAGGUUCUGUCUUGAAGCUGGUGGUGUGGCCAAGAAGAUAGGGGAAGAUAACAAACAGGCCUGGGCUGGAGAACUUCUCCAUUUCCCGGGUGUGUCUGGCAGUGUGGCUUUCUUUCCCUCUGUCUGGGUAACCCCUCAGCCCAGCUGGCCACAGGGUUCAGGUCCCUUCCCUUCCUCUCUCCCUCCUUCCCUCCUGUGAAGUUACACUGUAGGACACAAGCUGUGAGCAGUCUGCAGUCUACUGUCCCUGUGUGUUGGCGUUCUUAGCUUUUUUGACAAGCAGAUCCCUUGCUCCAGGCUGUAGCAAAACAUGCCUGUGGUUCUGAGCAAAGGAAAGGAAACUGACUUUAUUGCACUUUUAGUUUGGGGGGGGGGUUGUUUUUAUUUUAUAAACAACAUGGCAGAUGCAUAUUGUGUCUGAUUAUAUUAGGGGGUUGCUUUUUUCUUUUUCAAAGGGGAUGGGCCAGCCAAGCCAUUCGGAGAAAAUGUGGGUCCAGAGGACAUUUUUGAUGGCAAGAGUCUGAUUUGCAGCACUUGGAAGAGAAGAAGCCAAACUCUGCGUCAUCCUGAGUAAAUAAAUAUUCAGGUUGGCAAGGAAGCAUACUUGAAUUUUCAUUCAUCUUCUCUGCUGCAGAAAAUUAAGUCCCCACCAGAGCCCCUUGACCUAAUCAGCCCAGAGCUUGAAAGCCCAGCUCCUGAGCACUUGGGAUGAGCACCGAGCCAGACUGACCAACCAGAUGGCACCUCAUCUCAGAGAGGAGAGAUUUAGCAGCAACAACAAAGCAAAUUUCUGUUUCCUCCACUGCCAGGGACUUCCUACUAGAUAGCCAUGUGACUUUCUGUUGACUCGGGGGACAAAAUUAGUGACUAAACAGCCACCACCAUAUUGCCAGUAGUGGACAAAAAAGGCACCGAGUUUGCCUUCCAACUGCCAGAGUAGCCUCAGGAUGCAGCAUCCUAGGGCCAGGAAAAGAAAGUGUUUCCUGUCUGCGUGAUGUGAACUAGAACAUCUGGGUCAGGCUGCCCUAGGAACCAUGCCUGUGGUAAUCAUGAGGCAGAUCCAAAGCAACAGGCUUAGAACUUGGUACACGGGGCUGCAGUAAGCAGGGAAGGUAAGAUUGGUUGGUGCUAGGAAAUUCCAGGGAAAAGAAGACUGAUGAAAGGUCUAAAAUUUUAUCUUAACAAUUGAACAGAGACUGUCCAGACAAUAUGACCACAUACUUUAGCGUGUUUCCCCGGUACUCUCUACCUGCACCAUGGCAUCUUCACUGGACAUGCUGCCAUGAAGCAUCGCUUGUUGCAUAGUUAACAGUGUAUGAGAUUACUCUUCCCAUGUUCUAUUUCAUUUGAGAUUAGUGGCAUUUCCAAAUAGUAACUUGUUAUACUAGUUGUAGCAAGAAGGCUUGUUCACUUGGGUAAAGAGGUCCUGUGUCUGAGUCUGAAGAGCAAACCACAGAGAAGAGUGACUGGUGACUUAGUGUAGCGCAGAACUCUUUGUUUGUACAUGCAGAGGACUGGAAGAUGUCAGGACACUUUCUGGUCAUGGAUCAAAUUUAGUAUCAAAUGAAGCAGAGUGCGCGCCUUAUCUGUUCUAUUGGACCUUGGCUAGAGAAUCUUUUCUCACUGACUUUAAACCUGCUCAGCAUUUGUAAAUAUGGCCACCUGGCCAUUUCUUUACAAGAAGUACUUUUGUGUGUGAAACAGAGUGGCAGGGAGAAGUCAAGUCAAACCCCUUUCCCAUAAGGAAUUUGAGUGUUAGGAUUUGCUUCCUUUUUACUAUAUAGUAGUUAAAGCUCAUUACUAAAAUUUUUAUAGUCCCUCAUUUGGCAUGUGGGCAACUCUGACUUCCCCUACAGAAACUUAAAAAUCCUCAUCCCAAGCAAUGGUGGCAAGGCCUAGAGCAUCCUGGCACUCUCCACCCCACUAAGUGCCUCCCCCACCCUGCUUCCAAGGUAAAGCAAAGGCAUUGGCCAGCUUGGCUGCAGGGUGGGAUGCCCUGCAGCUGGGCUUAAGACUUCUUUUUUGUCUUAAAAUGUUUUUAUAGGCUAGCUCUUGAGGGGUUGAACCUGAGUGGUUUGUGGAUGUCAGGGAGGGUCCUUCCUAAUGCACUGUUGGCACCCUCCAUCACCCACAAAUCCUUUAUGAGAUAUUUGGGGUUUGUAGCAAAGGUCCCUUUAACAUGCAGGGUGGUGGUGAUCCUUUCAAGGCCAUUGACACUCCAAGGUGAUCCCAAACCUGAGUAAUUCUCUUAUCUUCCUUAAAAUUAAAAUAUAACUGAAUUCCCCAGAAACAAUCUGCUCAUCAUUUCAGCCCCACCCCCACCCCAGCACAUCAAGCUUCAUGCAUAUCCCUGUUUAUUUUACCUAACUGUAACUGCAGCAGAUCCUCGCGCACAGACACCUGCUCCAUCUCCUUGCAGCCAAGUCCACUUGCCCCAUCUCACCUGACACCUGCGGACAGUUUUCCCUAAGAUUAAUGCAUUUACUUCCCCUUAAAACUAACUCAUCUGUUCCCUGAGACAGCAGGCAUUUGAAACUACUAUUUGGAGUUUUCUCAAGCUUUACUGUCCUUGAGACAUUGCAGUCUGAGCAGAGUAAGGUCCAGCCGGGCCAGGGUUACACUAGGGUGUAAAAUGUCCAGUCCAAAAAAAAAGUGGAUUUUCAGAGUUCUUACUCCAGACUGCCCACGAGGCUGCACUGAAUGUGCCAGCAGCUAGUGAGCACGCAUGACUGCCUUAAUUAACAUUCUUCUAUUUUGGGUCUAUCUAGGAGCAAACAGGGUCUGUGAAGGUAUGUGUAAGUCAGGUGACUAGGUUAAGUCUCCAAUUAAAAUUCCCACUUCAUUGGAACAAACUGCAGAAAACAGCAAGGACCCCAAAAUUUCUGAAAGUGUUAAUUUCCUUUUCAUUUUUAGUGAAUGACAACAGCCCAUGUCCAUUAGCCAGGUGGUGUCCAUCCUCUGUAAAAUAACUUCCAAUUUAGUUCAGAAGGAAAGUGUGCUGUAGUGCUUAUUUAGUGUUGAUGUUAAAUAUUAGCAACCACUUGAAAUGCCAGAAGUAUGCUAGUUAAGGUGGUCGCUAAGGAUCAUAGCCUUAAUUAAAAAAAAAUAAUGUAAAAGAUAAUUUCCCUCCAUGUUGAGCUAGUAUGACUGCAUUUCUCAAGAAUAACUUCCACAGAAGCCUAGGAGGCAUUUCCUCAGAGGAACCUGGGCUUAAUUUCUUUUGAUCCAUCCCUCCCACGCCUGUAUGGCUACUGUGUCCAGCCACCUCUUCCAUGUUCAUAAGUGAAACCAGGUUUUCAUUUCUUGUUGUUCUGAUGAUGCUUUGUCUAGUGUUGGUCAUUCCAUGACCUGAAUUUUAAGACCAGGAGUUUGCAUGGUCAUAUAACCAACAUUGCCUUUGCCAGGCCACUGCCACCAUCCCCUCCAUUGCCCAGGUGGGCAGGUUGAGUCCAGAGACCCUCAGGGAGCCAAAAUAACUAGGUACCCAUCUGGAUUGGCCAUGAGGGUGAUGAGCACUUAUCUCUGGAUGUCGUGACUUUGCAGACUUCAUGGACGUCCAGAUAGAGAUUGAUGGCCAGUGACUCCUGCCUUCCCCGUGAUGGGUUGGUAGGAAUCAAAGUAGAAUUCCUUUGUUUUAAGCAACUUUGUUUUAAGGUGGUUUGUUUUUGAUUAUGAAAAGGAAGAGGCCACCAUGGCCCUUCUGUGAGUUUGUAAGUUCUGAGCAGUGUUUUCAUCACCAGUCCUGGGAGUCUCUGAUCCAAUCACCAGUCUGAAGGUGUUUUUCCUACUUUUACAAGUAACUAAGUACAGAAGAAUAGAGUUCUUAAUGUAUUCAAAAUAGUAAGUAGACCCCUGAAUAUAGGCAAUAGUAGUUGAAAUAUUUUCUCACAAAAACAAAACAACCAGGAAACCCACUCCAGUAUUUAAAGAUCAAAUUAUCAAGAAAAAAAGAAUAUGCACUCCAUAUAUCUCUAGUUCAGUUACCAAACUUGAUCUUAUUUUAAAAAAACAAACAAACAAACAAAAAAACUCAGUUGUAUGGACAGAAUACCACACUCUUCCCCCUUCUCUUUUUCUGGUGCCAUCACCACCUUGAAGGUGUAAGAGCAGAGGAUCAUCUACGAUCAUAAGCCAGGAAGCAUCCCAGCAGUGCACAGACAACUGCCAUCCUGCUUAUUCAUAACCAAGUGCACCUUGCAGGGUCGGUGAGACCUUUUGGUGCCCCCCUUCAGGAGCUCCAGACCAAACCCCAGGCCGUUCCAUGCACCAAAAGCCUUUUAGAAGGCUUACCAGUCUGUUAGGAAUGUCUCAGGAAACACGAGCCAUUUCUUGGGGGAUACUUGUAUUUACUGACAGAUGUGUGCACUCUGCUGUGUAGGGCUUUAUUCUCAGAGACAGCACAAGCUCCUGGAAACUGUGUUCCUUAAUGUUCUCAGUGAGCUAACUGCUCAGACCAGUGAGUAAGCUGGCUCUGGGAAAGAGCUAUGUUUGUCAAGCAGAGAAUGGCAGAAAAGAUGAAACCAAAAAUGCUAUCACUCUCCAAUGGAAAAUAAUGUUGAUGCAGCAAUUCCCAUUGGAUGUAUUACACUCUAAUUUAUUGUUUGUCUCUUAAGUUUUACCCAUUGUACUCUUUAGAAGAUGUUAGGAUGUUGGUUGCAAUUUUUUUAAGUAGAUGAUGUAUAAAUCAGCUGUGGAAAUCAGUUUUAAUUCAUGUGUGGAUGUAUCUAGUUAUUGUUAAAUGCCCUUUUUUUUCCUACUUUUUAAAAGAUACAUAAUGUUUCAUAAUCCCUGGCACUGGUAUAAAAAAAAACAGCUGUGAAAAAUGAAAUUGUAGUAUUUUUUAAAUGAAUGUCAAUUUCAAAUGUAUUUGAAAUGUUUCCUCCAGUAGACAGAUUUGAACACCAUUGGAGAAGACUCUUUUGCAGAGCAAGUAGCCUUUGGAGAAAAUGGAAUGUGGGUCUGGAUAUGUUAUCUCAGAGUAGCCCAUUUCACAGGGCACUGUGACAACACAAAUGUGAUCUUUAAGUAUACCUCUUCCCCUUGGGGAGGGGAGGACUCAGUUUGCACCCUUUUUGUAUGUAAAAUAAAAUGUCCUACCUUUCUUGGCUACUUUUA